AUGAGUGAGACUAAUGCUGGCAGGAAUUGGGUCUACCCCAAUUCCCUCCGAGCUCUCCCCUUGCAUGAAGCGCACAUUCAUCCGCCGGGAACACCUCAUGCAGUUAGCUCUUCGCUCCCAACCUGGGAGUCGGUCGUUGCCCUUGCGAGCGCAGACAAGACGGUGUUGGACAGAAUUGACUACAGCUACCCGCGGUAUGUGGCCUACCUAUGUGACCUCGCCACAAAGACUCUUGUUCUGACGCUAUCAAAAAGGUUCUUCAUUGGCAAGCCUAUCCUAUCCCUCAUCGAACGUGUCAGAGAACGGUUGAAAUUCGAUUCAGACGAUCUAGUCUGCUUUAUCUUUCCGUCUGCUGAUGACGUCGACGACUACGCCGCACAGCUGCGGAAAAAGAAUGCUGUGGUCCAUCACGUCCGCUUCUUCUCGCCAGUAGCAGCGAAUUCAUCGAAUGGAAAUGAUUACCUUGCUUUCUCGGCGUUGUUCGUUCCCCCCGACUUUAAGGCAUAUGUAAUGGAGUUCUGGGUGAACUUUGGCACCGGUAUUUCCACGCGUCACGCCGAAUAUUGCUUGAAGCAUUUUGACGAACUCAUCUCGGAUUCUCCUGAUGUCAAACCAGUGACUGCGGACAUACCCUCUCACGAUCGAUCAUCCGAAGCCUGGAUUCAGCGUGGCCCAAGGGACCUUGAAGACCUACAAGCCCACAUUGCUCAGUUGGCUACUUCUGAAAGGGAAGACCUGAAGCCUGUCCAGGCUACAGAUGUAUUCAUCUUUCCCAAUGGCAUGAAUGCAAUUUACAACGCUGCAGAAGUAAUCGCGGUUAACAACCCAGAUAGCUUCGUUGUUGCAUUCGGCUGGAUCUAUCCUGAGACGAUCGAAAAUCUUCGUCGGGGGACCUGGAAAGACGUCAUACCCUUCAAAUUGGGCAAUGAGGAGGAGUUGGAUCAGCUUGCGUCUACAUUGAAGACUAACGAGCAAAUCAUCGCUAUCUUCUGUGAGCUACCAAGUAAUAUCAAGUUCACUUCACCCAACCUCCACAGGAUUCGAGAGUUGGCAAACGAGUACGGCCUCAUCGUCGUUUGUGAUGAAACAGUUGCCAACUUUGUCAACGUCGACCUCCUGCCCUACGUCGAUAUCAUCACGACUAGUUUGACCAAGAUGUUCAGCGGAGUAGCAAACGUGACAGGAGGAAGCGUCAUCGUCAAUCCUAAUUUUGGUCAUUAUGAGGAGCUGCACUACGCCCUCAGAUGUCGGUAUCCAGUUGUGACGUGCUUUCCCAAGGACAUUGCAGUCCUCAAGCAAAACUCGAUCAACAUGGUUGAAAGGGUGAAGAAAGCCAAUGAAAAUACCCUGAUCGUUAUAGAUCGUUUCGAAAAGCACCCUUCAGUCGCCUACGUCAAUUAUCCAUCUCGACCUGCGACAAUCCAGAACUAUGAAAGGCACCGGCGAAAGAAUGGAGGAUAUGGCAAUGUCUUCAGUGUGGUAUUUCACAACCCGGAGUCUGCUCAGUACUUUUACGACAAUCUGGAUGUUUGCAAAGGCCCAAGCUUUGGGACCAACUUCACUCUUGCGAUUCCGUUUGUCCAGCUGGCUGUAUAUAAUGUGGGGGAAAGACUCGAAAAGUACGAUCUUCCGAAGCAUAUUAUCCGGAUCAGUGUUGGGCUUGAAAAUUCCCGUCAGAUUUGUUCUAAGAUGGAGGAGGCAUUGGCCAAAGUUGUACGGUUCGAACAGAGUCUUGGGUCUCAGGCUUGA